AUGUCCUCGACAAAGAGUCAACUGAAUGCACAACACUGUCGCGACUUUGUUUCGACUCUUCAUACCACGCCUUACGAUGCCAUUGAUCCCGCAGAGGUAAAUUUGCCAUCUCCCUUUAUUGUAUGCAUUAUUGGAGGUAGAGGUGCAGCUGGAGGGGGAUUGGCACGGGCAUAUGCUCGAGCGGGCGCAUCAGGUCUAAUUCUUGCUGCCAGGACUCGCACCGCCCUCGAGGAAACAGCGAAAGAGGUUCGCUCAAUAAGCCCAAGUUCAAAGGUAAUCGUUUCUGAAUGCGAUAUCACAUCAGAGAGCGAUGUCAUGUCUCUAGCAGAGACCGUCAAGUCCGAGUUCAACGGCCGCCUAGACGUGGUUAUUGUGAACUCUGGCUACUCGGGCCCGAUGAUUACAGAUGUUGUGCAGGAAUCUCCGGAAGACUACCGUAAUGCCUUUGAUGUGAACACUAUUGGCGUUUUCUAUGCCGCUCACCACCUUCUGCCGUUGCUGGUUGCGACAAAUUCUGCAGCUAUGAGCUUUAUCGCGAUCAGUUCGAUGGCGGCACCUACAGUGUCGGGUCCUUUUGCGCAUGCUCACUACUGUGUAAGCAAGGCAGCGCAGGCUCGACUCAUCGAGAUGAUAAACGAACAAUACUCUGCCAAAGGAAUUUUCUGUUCUAGUGUGCAUCCUGGUGGUCUGCGCAGUGACUUUUCGAAGGGUGCGCCGGAUUGGCUCUUCAAACUUCUUGUUGAUAGCCCGGAUCUGGUCGGUGCUUUCUGCCUUUGGCUAUCAUCACCCAUAAAUUCCGAGAGACGACGGCGGGCCUUGAAUGGCCGAUUCCUUUCCUGCAAGUGGGAUGUCUCGGAGCUAGAAGCAAGGUUUGAUGAGAUUCUAGAGAAAGACUUGCUCAGAUUCCGUCUUGUCGUGGAAUAG